AUGGACAAGUGGCUCUGUUACAACAGAAUCCUAAAGAAGGAAAGAUUAGCUUUUGCAAUUCCUCGACUCACAAGAAGAGCUUAUAAGUGGUGGUUGCAAGAAGAAGAUGAUCGCAAAUUCUACAAAGAACCAGCUAUCAUCACUUUGGAAAAUCUGAAGUUGCUACUAAGGAGUAAGUAUGCAUCCAAAGGCCACACUUCUCUGAAAUCUCCAAUGAAGGCCACAUCUAGUGAGACAGUAACCUGUUACGGAAAAGAGAAAACAGUCUCUAAGCCAUCUAUGGAUGAUCAACGAUUCUGUUUCAGUAAAGAAGAAAAGGAGGAGUUGUUACAAAGGUUGACUUUGACUCUCAGAAUCUCCUUCUUUCCUAAAAUCAAGAAGACGGGAUCGAAAACUCCUUCCACAUCCGAUGAUGAUCCACAUGCUUCUGUUGAUCAAAGGUCUAGAAAAGGCAAAGUACCCAAAAGGAUAAACAAGGCUGUUAGGGAGAGGCUUAAACGCGAGCACUUGAAUGAGCUUUUCAUUGAGUUAGCCGAUACACUUGAAAUGAAUCAGCAGAACAGUGGGAAAGCCUCCAUACUGUGUGAAGCUACUAAGUUUUUGAAGGACGUGUUUGGUCAAAUUGAGUCCCUUAGAAAGGAGCAAACUGCUCUCCUCUCUGAAUCUAACUACUUAACCACAGAGAAGAAUGAACUCAAGGAAGAAACAUCAGUACUUGAGACCGAGAUCUCAAGACUACAUUCCGAGAUAGAAGCAAGAGUGAACCAGUCAAAACCUGACUUGAACACGUCCCCUGCGUGACUGCCUGAGUACCAUCAUCAACAGUAUCCCCAACUUGCAUCUCAGUGUUCAGGACUCCCUAUUUUCCAAGGAGCCGGCUUUCAACAAUCUUCUGCAACUCCUCCUGGUGCCACGGUUAUUGUCCUUCCAAUGCAUCCUGAUCUCCAGACACAAGAUACUUCAGACUUGACAGGGCACCUGCAGACACAAGCGCCAACGGUGAUGUAUAAUAGCUCAAGUGUGAGUAAGCCAUGUCCAAGGUAUGCUAGCGCGGCUGACUCAUGGCCUUCUCGGCUACUUGGAGAGCGACUGAGAGUUAGCGAAUGAGUCUUAGGCGGGAAACAGAGACAAAGGCAACUUGUGAAGAGCCCUUGGGUUUUGGUAUGUAGCACAUCCUCUAGUGUCCUUGUGGGUUUGGCUUUAGCCAUAACUUGUUUUGUGGUGGUUUGUUUAUAGGAUCAAAAAAAUUGUGGUCCUUUGAGAAAAAUAACGAAAAUAAUUGGCUCUAA